UUCCAAUAUGGCGCUCGUAACCACGUGAAUACAUAACCUAUUCUAAUUUAGUGGGAAAGAAGCAAUCUUUGUUUAUAAUACUGUUAUUGAAAUAAAAAUCGUUAAUAAAAAAUGACGACUGAUGAAAAAGUAACCACAGCAGAGGAGAUAUUGAAUAACAAAUUGUCUGAUAUUGCAGACACAAAUAAUAUAAUUAUUACCAAUAAUACGAAAAAAGUAAAAGCUAAGAAAGAGAAAUCAUUCGAGCAACAAAUUCCAAAAGGUAAACCAAAGUCUGGUAGGAUAUGGAAGGAACAAAAGAAGAGGUUUUCAUCUAUCGUGAAAACACGUGGCAUACGAUCGUCCUUUGACAAGAAACAAAAAUUGAGGGAUGAUUUAAAACACGUUAAAGAAAUGUCAAGAGCGAUAAAGGCAGAAAAACAGGCAGAAAAGGAGGCAAAGAAAGAGAGAAGGAGAGCUAAUCUAAAACGCGCAAAGGAGAAUGAGAAGAAGAGUGAAAUAGUACAAGUUAUUACAAAUACUGCAAAAUUAAAGAAGAUGAAGAAGAAACAUCUAAGAAUGAUACAAAAAAGAGAUACGCUCAAUAUGUAAAAAACAAAGCAUUUGUUGAAACUAAUGUUUGUGAUCUAUUUAAGAUGGAUAACAAAAUUGUCUUCAUUUUAUAUAUUAAAAAAAAAAGAAAUGUUUGUAAUGUAUAUAAAAUCUAAGAUUAUGUCAUUCAUGGUAAAAUUUAGUAUAUCAUGUGACAUAUUAACAAAAUAUGCAUUCCGUUUGCGGAUACAGGUUUUGUAUUGAA